AUGUACCUCGAUUACCUUGAGGGUCACACCGACAACACCCAGAAUGCUCUAUCUCACCACACUCAGGCUUUAAAUGCACUUCAGAGACGCCUUUCAACAGGGAACUUGGACAUUUCGACUUCCGACUCAACCAUAUUGACUGUUGUUGGCCUAACUACAGCGGCGUUGGCAUUCGGCGAUGCUGACAUCGCUCGAAAGCACAUGGGAGGCCUGCACAAAAUGGUCACCCUGAGAGGAGGCUUAUCGGCCUUUUCGCACGAAAAAAAGCUGCAAACAAAACUGUGCCGAGUUGAUCUUGGGGUGGCUCUCAGUAUAGGAAGCGAGCCUCUCUUUUUCUCAGAGGAGCUUUCAUGGAACUCCUACCUUUCCCCGCAGGUGCCAAAGAAUAAUGAAACUGCCGAUGAGUCAUCCUCAAAUCUUUUCAAAUUUCUUGGAAGCUUAGAUGCACGUCUAUGCCUUGUUUGGAACGAUCUCAAGGUGUAUUCACAAUCAGCCAAUAUGGCAGCACGUUGCAGCCUCGACAUGGACACUGCACUUUGUCAAGAAAUCAUGGUAUCUGCCCACUAUCGCCUUAUCCAUCUCAGAUUUGAGCCAGGUACUAUAGACGAGACAAUACGCCUUGCACUACUGGCUUUUGCCAGCUCUGUGUUCCUCCAAGGCGGCGGUGUCUGGAUCCGUCACGAGCAUCUCUAUCGUCAAUUGAUAGAGUCUUUCUCUCUGACCAAGGUUAGAAGAGGGGAUUUGCCUCCCCAGGUGAUGCUGUGGCUGUAUGGGUUUUGCGUGGCUUUUGAUGGCCAAGAGCCCGGCCACAGCUGGCUUAGGUCUGGGCUGGCCGAGCUUUUACAGACUCAAGAGUUGAACACUUGGAGUGAGGCAAGAGUGUGGUUAAAGUCUGUUAUCUGGGCAGACACGCUACACGAUGCUAUAGCAAGGACAUUUGUGGAGGAAAUGUUGGAUGCACAAUGA